AUGCAUGCUCCAGCUGUGAUUGGUAAUGCUCUGGUGAUUCUUCUGAUAUUAAGCUUCUGCAAAUCAGUUCGUACGGAUAAUGUCCAUGUAAGCGUCAAGAACAGGUUAGGCAAUGGGAAAAACUUAACCUUACAUUGCCAAUCAAAAGAUACUGAUCUUGGGGAGCAAAACGUUGGCGAUGGGGGCGAAUUCGGAUGGGACUUCUCUGUCAAUGUUUGGGGGAGCACGUUGUUUUACUGUGACAUGGGGUGGGAUGCUGUGCAGCAGUACCAUUUCGAUGCGUACUCCUUCGACAGGGACUUCGCCCGUUGUGAGACGCAGUGUUCUUGGCUGGUCUCGGGUGAAGGCAUGUACGGAUUGAAUGGAGAAACCGGGUUCUGGGAAUUUGCGUACGACUGGCCUAGUUGA